AUGGAGAUGACUCCUGAAGGCUGUGGUGCUUUUGUGGUUGCUAAGAAACUUGCUGGACUCAGUGAGCGGCUAAGGAGAUGGGCCAAAGUUUGUUUUGGGUCUAUCAAGUUAAAGAAGCUUAACCUUCUACAUGAGGUGGAGAAGUUAGAUGUCCUUAAGGAGGCUAGGAAUUUGUCACUGGGUGAGCUUGCUCAGGAGCUUCACCUUUUGAAUUCGUUAGAAGAUAUUCGCAAGCAAGAGGAAAUUAACUGGCGGCAAAGGUCGAGGCUUCAGUGGCUGCAGGAAGGUGACGAGAACACUAAAUUUUUCCACUCUAUGGCGAAUGGGAGGAAAUGCCGGAACCUUAUCCCGGGUUUCUUUCAUGAGAGUAGGCUCAUCUCGAACCCAAAAGCGGUGGGAAGGAUGUUUGUUAAUCGGUUUCAACAACAAUUUGGAAGCAAGCGGACAUGGAGACUCAAGGUGGACUUGUCUAAGCUCUUAGCACACAAGAGACAUGUGGAUCUGACUGGGUUGGAUAGGCCUUUUACAAUGAUUGAGGUUAAGGAUGCGGUUUUCAGUCUAGGGGGGAUAAAGCCCCUGGACCGGAUGGAUUCCCGAUCCACUUCUUCAACAAAUUCUGGUAGACAGUCAAGGACGACAUUUUCAAGCUCUGUGAGGAUUUCUAUUUUGGAAGAGCUAAUUUAG